AUGGAUUUCAUGAGUAAAACUAAUCUCCUCAUUGUAUCCCUCACUUCCCUCCUCCUCCUUGCAAACGACGUUUCCUCAAGUCGCGAUAUUCAUGUUGUGCAUCGUAAUCUUCGCUCUGAUCUCUUAGACGACUUUUGCAAGAAAUUCACAAACCCUACCCUUUGUGCUGAAACCAUUCAACCACACUAUAAUAAUCACGCCCUUGACCCAUUAAAGGCUCUUGAGAUUGAAGUUGACGCAACCCUUAACCAGACCAAGAAAACCGCUGCUAUCAUCGAUGAGUUACUUUCCAAACCCGACGUUUCAAAACCGUUAAAGGUUUCCCUUGACACAUGCAAGGAACAAUACAAUAGUAUAUUGGAUUCUAUCAAAGAAACCAAAGAAGCAAUUGCCACACAUGAUGUGAUUACUGCAAAGUUCAAGUUCAGUGCUGUGUUGUCAUUCCAAGCAACAUGUAAGGACGAAUUUGAAGGGACGAAAAUGCCCUUCGCUGAUGAUUCUGAAGCCAUAUACCAAUUGGGAGGAAACUGUUUGGACAUGAUUGCUGAUAUAGAAAAAACCUCGGGUCCUCAAAAAGAAGCAGCACCAGUGAAAUCAACUCCUUCUGCAUUUAGCAGCGUUAUCGGAACCAUAUCUUCAUGA